ACAGCAGCCGACAAAAGGAGAUCUUUCCUUUAAAACGCUGCGGUAACGUCGCUAGUUGAAAAUGUUCAGACUACCUCGGAAGGGGUCCAACAUCCACCACGGCUCAGUGUUCGGAUAAGAACAACUAGUAGUAAACAAGAACCUCGAAAUUGGACGCGACUCGAAUAGAACCGCGCUUUUUUUGAGGCUUUGUUUUGUUGUUGUUGACCUUACGCGCUGUCAAACCAAGUCACGGUAAGGCAAACUUGAAAACUUCGAACUAACACGUUCACUCAACAGCAAGUACGUUGGAGCAAGUUUUUUUUUUCCCCAGUAACUGGAAACCACUAAAUGUCGACGAGGGGAAGCUUCGCGGGUCCGACUAUGAGCCCCAGCCUGAGCCCGAUGAACGUUGGACUGGCUGCCGGCUUGAGGAUGCCCGGGAUGCCGCCAACUGCGGCGGGUUACCCCCGCUCCUUGAGCGGCGCACCGCAGUACAUGCAGCGUCCCGGGAUGCCACUCGGCAGAGUUGGGGGCCCAAUGGGUUCAAUGGGGGGGCACCAUCCCGGUCCCUCAUACGGCAGCAUGCCCAUGCGGCCCACCAUGGGGCCCCCGGCAACCCUGGACGCCUCGCGCAAGCGUUUAUUUCAUCACCACCACCACCAGCAGCAGCAGCAAGAGGCGCUGGGAGGCCACCGGCGCGGGUAUGGACUGAAGAAGGCAAAAAGACGCAAGAUGGCUGACAAGGUUCUCCCACAGAGAAUCCGCGACUUGGUGCCAGAGUCUCAGGCCUACAUGGACCUCUUGGCCUUUGAGAGGAAACUGGAUCAGACCAUCGCCCGUAAGCGCAUGGAGAUACAGGAAGCUAUAAAGAAGCCCAUUAUGCAAAAGCGCAAGCUGAGGAUCUACAUCUCCAACACGUUCACCCCGUGCAAGCCCGAGGGCGAGGAGACGGAGAAGGUGUCCUCCUGGGAAUUGCGAGUGGAGGGAAAACUUCUGGAAGAACCUGGCAAGCAGAAGAGGAAGUUCUCAUCUUUCUUCAAGAGCCUGGUGAUCGAGCUCGAUAAGGAGCUCUACGGACCCGACAACCAUUUGGUGGAGUGGCACCGAAUGCCCACCACUCAGGAGACGGACGGUUUCCAGGUCAAAAGGCCCGGCGACGUCAACGUCAAAUGCACCCUGCUGCUCAUGCUCGACCACCAGCCGCCGCAGUACAAACUGGAUCUGCGGCUGGCUCGGCUGCUGGGCGUGCACACGCAGACACGGGCCAGCAUCAUGCAGGCUCUUUGGCUCUACAUCAAGAACAACAAGCUGCAAGACAGCCACGAGAAGGAGUACAUCAACUGCAAUCACUAUUUCAGAAAGAUAUUUGGCUGCAAUCGCAUGAGGUUCUCUGAGAUUCCCAUGAAACUGGCCGGGCUGCUCCAGCACCCCGACCCCAUCGUCAUCAAUCAUAUGAUCAGUGUGGACCCCACUGAUCAGAAGAAGACGGCUUGCUAUGACAUCGACGUGGAGGUGGACGACCCGCUCAAGAGCCAAAUGAGCAGCUUCUUGUCAUCCACCACCAACCAGCAGGAAAUCACCGCAUUGGAGACCAAGAUCCACGAGACCAUCGAGUACAUCAACCAGCUGAAGACCGAGAGAGACUUCAUGUUGAGCUUCAGCAAUAAUCCUCAGGACUUCAUCCAGGACUGGCUCAAAUCUCAAUGCCGAGAUCUGAAGGUGAUGACAGAUGUGACCGGAAAUCCAGAAGAGGAGAGGAGGACUGAAUUCUACCAGGCACCGUGGAUGCCAGAAGCAGUCGGCAGAUACGUGUACUCCAAAGUGCAGCAGAGAAGACAAGAGCUGGAGCAGGUUCUUGGGAUCAGGCUCACCUAAAGAGUGAGCGAGUUGUCAUAACUAAGAUUGAGUCCAAAUUCAAAUGUUUACAUGCCUUUCUGACAUUCCUUAAAUCAAGUAUCAUUUGCCCAUUUGUUAAAAAUGCUUUUUUUUUUUUUUAGAUCGUUUGUCAUUUUGAGCCGUUGACUCGUUUCGCAUCUUUUGAAAUGAUUGUUUAUGGUACUGUGUUUCUUAGCGGCAUGCUGCGUUCCAAAUGGUGUCUGUUUACCUCUCAUUAUUUGCAAGCCAUAUCUUGUUGAUCAAACAAAAUCAUUUAAAAGCAUUCCAAAAUGUAUACACAAAGGUAUAUUUUUAUUCAGAGAAUUGUGAAUAUAUAUACUACUUUUCUUAGAGGGUUUUUUUAACCUUAAACUUCCUGAAUGUUUUUGGAGUUACUGAAAAGUUUCAUCUUAGGUUCAUUUUACUUCAUUGCAUGAACCGGCUCAUCAUUGAAAUGCUUUUUUUUGUUGCACCGGGAUCGCUUUCACUUCCUUCAACAUUCCAUGUUCGCAGAUGUGCCAAAACUCUUUAGAAUUUAAUGUUGGCGUACUUUUUGUAAGGCUUUAAAAAAAAUGUGCAUGUUAUUUUCAGUUCGAGCCAAGUUCUUUAUCUUUUAUACAUGUGGGGAAUUUUUU